ACAUGUGCGCUGUUUUUGAUAAGGUAAUGCUUGAUCUUUUUUAAAGCUAAUUCAAUGCUACUUGACAAAUAUGGAAAUCAACAUAUCAUUUGCAACUGUUGUUUUCAACAAUGAUAGUGUAAUGUUCGGUUUCUUUAAAUUUUCGCUAGAUAUGACGGAUCAAGUGAAUAUGUUAAGUCGAAAGAAUUAUACUUAUCCAUGGAAUUCGACCAUACUUGUUCCAUGACUUUCUUAAGGAACUCCCCACAAUGUGAUGCAUAAGGUUUAAAUUGAUUUCAUAUACUUUAAAAGAUAUAUUAUAGUUGUUUCAUCUUUUAUAAUUGUUAUCCGAACGUUUCAAUACCGUUUUCUCUGUUGUUCGGCAGUUCUUCUGCGCAAACAUGAAACCUAUGAGAGACCGUAUUAGUUCAGGAAACGACUUUUGAUAACUCACUUCCGACAUAUUAUUGAUAAUUUAGGUGAUCGUUUCCUCACACCUCCCGUAAGAUGUGAAUCAGAUCCAUUUCUCCAUUUCUUGUUUGUCAAUAUAUAUGAGGCGGACUGCAGCAAUGUUCUGAAUUAAAUCUUAUAUGCGCCAGAUAUUUCAUAAUAUUGUUCAUUAAAUAUUUCUUCUGAACUCUUGCUAGGCUUUUGGGUUUAAUAGAUGCUAUAAUUAAUGCUAAAUCCUAACACAAGUUCUGAUAAAUUUUUAAAUCUAUGACUAGAGAAGCUGCAGUAAUUUGAAAUUAAAUCUCACAAAAAAAAAUCACAAUUUCAUGUGUAUUUACAGUACUAUGCAUUAGGUUAAAAUAGUACACGCUGAAAAUGUAUUAUAUCAUCAAAUGUACUCUCAGUAUAAUAGGGGAGGCUGAUUAACACAGCGUAGUCCUUGAAAAUCAUUUUCGAUGUAUAACUACCGUUUUCGCUUGUGCUUUGAACAAUAUACUUAACAAGCAUUGUAUACUUUUUAGAAUAAGUAAAUCAAGAGCAAAGUGACAAUAGCACAAGUUUUGGCUAACCGUAUUAAAUGAUAAUAUAAUAACUAAACAUGCAAAUUAAGAUACAGAAAGCAACAAUCCGAACGUACCAGAAGCGACCGUUAACGGCGAUUAUUUUAUUCUACUCGUGCCGUGGCAAAAUAUCAUGCUCUGUCGGGUAACCGUAAACACAGUUUUUUUUUCUGGCCUUAAAUCAUAAAUUGUUUAUAUAACUGAAUAAAUCUACAAAAGAUAACGUCACGACCCACUGACCCAUUCACGAUAUAUUUUCAAACCAAUACUAACGUAUGUAAAAGUGGUUAAGUAUGAUUAUACAGCUAGUCCUAUGUGCUCUUAUAGGGGUUUUAACCCUUUAUAAGCUUGUUCAAUGGCGCUAUCAGAAGAAGGGAAAGGAUAUACCGGGACCACAUGGACUUCCGUUGAUAGGAUGUGCACAUAAAAUUCAUGCCGAUAAUAUUCACUUCCAGUUUAUGGAAUAUGCGGAGGCAUUUGGCGAAAUAUUUCAGAUCCAAAUGUUCGUCGAUAACUUUGUCGUCUUAAAUAGCGAGAGACUCGUACGGAAAGCAUUUGCAGAUAGACAAUACAAUGAAUAUUUCAAUGAUAGUGUUGAUCUGUAUUACGGCCAACAUUUCAAUUGUUGCAAGAAAUCUAUGGGGACAACAAUUGACGGCGCGGGAAAAGUACAUAGAACUACUAGAAAGGAAUUUACAAAAGCUAUGCAUGUUUACGGUAGCGGCCUGCAAGACCUAGAAAACAACGUGAUGAUGGAGAUGGCACUGCUGGUCAAACGGAUAGAGAAUAUGCACGGAAAAGAAAUGCAGUGUUUUGAUUUAUUCCGAAGAUCAUUAUCAAAUAUAAUGUCAUUGGUGUUCAGUGGCAGCGUCAUUGACGACAACGACCCUGACCUUGACAUGUUUUGGCAGCAUGUAGAUGCAGCGGACUUCUUUCUAAACCCGGAGGUUAACCUUAUCAUGAACACGUUCCCAUUCAUGCGAUUCCUUCCCGGAAAAUUUAAAGAAGAAUACAAAAAAUGCAAAGACUCGUAUGACAAAAUUGUGCAACGAUACUUUUUUGAUAUAAAGGAAAAUCACGUUCCGGGCGAAGUUCGAGGUAUUAUUGAACACUAUCUUGAAGUGCAACGAAAACAAGUUGAAUCUGGGAGUGACAUAUUCUUCACCGAUGAAAGAAUAAUUGCUCAGUUGACCGAAACUGUGGUUGCAGGCAUUAUAACAACAUUGUCUGUCUUGACAAGUUCCAUGCUUGUGCUGUUGAACCACCCAGAGUAUCAGGCCAAAAUACAGGAAGAACUUGAUCGUGUCAUUGGCAGGGGACGUCUCCCAAAAUAUUCUGACAGAGGGAAGUGUACCUUCCUGAAAGCCUUUGGCAUGGAAGUUCACCGCUACAUAAAUGUAGCGCCUUUACAAAUUCCUCAUUACUGCCGGAAGAAUAUAGAAUUCGAAGGAUAUCACAUCAAGCGAAACAGCGUGGUAUUAAGCAAUGCGUGGUAUAUUCAUCACGAUGAAAAAAUCUGGGGAGAUCCUUGGACAUUCCGCCCGGAGAGGUUCUUGGACAUAGACGGCAAUCUGUUACCAGCUAAUCACAAGCUGAUUAGAAGCCACAUACCAUUCAGUUGCGGUCCACGACAUUGCCCUGGGGCUGUGUUUUCAGAAACACGAUAUUUUCUGUACUUGGCGACCCUGUUUCAACGCUAGCGUUUCGAGUUCCCUGAAGGCAAACAGAAGGAUUGUGACCCAAGAAACUCCGAUAACUAUGAUCUAAAAGUAACACUCAAAGCAAAGCCUUUUUUCGUUUGUGCAACUGAGCGACCGUAGAGGUCAUUAAUUAAACGUAUAUUUUGAUAAUUUGAUUAUUCAGUGUCUGAAGUAAGCAUAAUUGAAAUUCUUGAUUAGGAUAUAUAUACAAAAGUGUGCAUCCUAAUAUAUAUGCGUACUGAAAAAAGUGGCUUUUGACAACUUUACUAUUUUUUUGUAAUUGGUGUGCUGGAUUAGAUUAUAUUAGAAUACGAGAGUCAGUCAAAAUAUAAUGCCACCAUUGUUUUAAUUUCUUUAUAAAAGAGAUAAAAUUAUUCGUAAUGGUAAUGUGUAUAGCUGUCGUAAGAUGUACUUAUCAUGAACUUUUUCAUCCCUGAAAUAACUGCCACUUAGCAACAAAUAUGGUAUUUUUAAACAUGACAGCUGAGAUUUUUCGGUACUGUAAUGCCUUAUUUCUUCUAAGCUAAAUAGAUGCUACCAAACAAUGGAAAUCAACACGUACAUAUGACGAACAAAGCUUAUAUGUUACGUCAAAAAUCUUCAUGAUAUACUUUGUUCAAACUGAUUCCAUGACUUUCUUUUGGAACAAACAGCAAUUUGAUGCAUUAGAUUUAGAUUGAUUCUAUAUACCUUAAAAGAUACUCAAACAGUUGCAAAUUGAAUGACCGUUGUAUAUGUUUGUUACCCGAACGUUUUAAUAUCGCCUUCUUUGUUGUUCGGCAUUUCUAUUGCACAAACACGCAACAUAGUGGAUGUCGUAUUAGUUAAAGGAAACGUCUUCCAAUAGAUUGUUGUUUUAGUCCUAUCUGACUGUAUUUUACCAAUUUUGCUGAUCGUUUCUCUUCAUCUCCCCUAACCCAUACAAAAAUAUGAAACAUUUCCAUUUCUUUGUUUGUCAAUAUAUGUGAUACCACCUGCAUCAAUGUUCUGAAUAUAAUCUUAUAAGUGUCAAAUUUUCACCUAUGCAACUUUAAAGCCAUUCCUUCAAAGAGUAUGAGAAGUUAAACACACAACAUUUCUUCAUCAUACCCUAUAUUGUGAAAUUAUCUAAGGGCAAUAACACUGGUCACAAUGGUCUCAGCCCAUCUUUUUAAAAUGUAUAGUCAUAUUCAAAUAAGGCUGUGCAUCUGAGAAACUUUGAAUCCAUUCCUUCAAAAAGUGAACGGGGAGUUUCUUCACUUUGGCCUAUUUUGUGAAAAUAAG